GGAAGCCUGUGCUGAGAGGCUGACAUUUCUCCUGUCACUGUGGGUGGACGUUCUCGCGUGGGGAUCCCCUGAAUGCUCUCACUGGGAGCUCUCAGAGAGGCUUUUUGACGAGACAUCCUGCUGACAGCUGGGAUUAGACAAGAUGCUGCUAAUGGACUUGCAGUGCCUGUCCUGGAACUUUAUUAGACAGCCCGCAGUGAGUGGAGCAGAGAGGGAGCAGGGUCUGUCCUGCCCAUGGUCACACACUUUGACACUGUUUCUUUAGAAAGGCACGUACCGCAGGGCACUGAGGGCAGGUGGUUGUGCCAUGUCUGCCCCGAUGUGCCCUGGCUCCCAGCCCCACUCAUGGGAUGUGGAUUUAUAAAGCCUCGGAUUCUAUGUGGGCACCUGGGAGUACUGAGGGUCCAGCCCAAAGUCUCGCUUCUUCUGACUAUGAUCUUCCUCUUUACCUACGUAUUCUACUGCCUAACCGGCUCCUGCUGUGAGUCUCAGCCUGGCAUCCCUUCUGUGCCAGCGGGACUGACUGUGGCCCCUGGGCACAUUGAUGGUGAGGACUCGCUUCCCUCUGGCUCUACAUUUGGAAGGCUCAUACGCAUUGGUUCUCUUUUAGGGGGGCUGGUACGCUCUGGCUCAGUUUUAGGGGACUCAAUGGGCGCUGAUGACUCUGAUUUUAGGGGACCACUAGACUCUAGCUCAGCUCCUUCAGACCCCAUACCCUCAGCCUCUACUCUUGAAAGUUCUCUGAUCCCUUAUCACAUUCCACAAGGUACACAACUCUCUGCAUCAACACAAGAGGACGCAUUGCGUGGGGCUGAGGACACCAUGCGCACUCCCCCCGCGGAACCAAUAGGUUCUAUUUCCAGUGACUCUGCAUUCCAUGGGACAUUGAACAGCCCACCUCCCAUCACCAGUUCUGCGAACAUAGUGACUCAACGUCCCCGUGCUUUCCCUAUCCCAAACAGAACUGGUACCAAGAAGUUCCCCCAGGCUAUCAUUGUAGGUGUGAAGAAGGGAGGCACGAGGGCACUCCUGGAAUAUCUUAGGGUACACCCAGAUGUCAGGGCAUUGGGGGCUGAACCCCACUUUUUUGACAGGUUCUAUGACAAGGGACUGGAAUGGUACAGGAAUUUAAUGCCACGGACUCAAGGGGGACAAAUUACCAUGGAGAAGACACCAAGUUACUUUGUUACCACUGAGGUUCCAAAACGGAUUUACAACAUGUCCAAGGAUACCAAGCUUAUCGUAGUAGUCAGAGACCCGGUGACCAGAGCCAUCUCUGACUAUACACAGACACUGUCUAAAAAUCAGAACUUGUCCAGUUUCGAAGCACUGGCAUUUAAAAACAUAAGCACAGGGACAAUCAACACUUCAUGGAGUGCCAUCCGCAUUGGGAUCUAUGCCAAGCAUCUGGAAAACUGGCUUCAGUAUUUCCCCCUUUCCAAAUUCCUCUUUGUCAGUGGAGAAAAGCUGGUCAGUAACCCAUCGGAGGAGAUGGGACGUGUUCAGGAUUUUCUAGGACUCAAGAGAAUAAUCACAGAUAAACAUUUCCAUUUUAAUGAAACUAAGGGUUUUCCCUGCUUGAAGAAGCCAAAUGGUAGUAGUAGUAGCAUGCCAAGGUGCUUGGGCAAAUCCAAAGGUCGGCUGCACCCUAAUAUUGACAAAGAACUUUUGAGGCACCUUCAAGCUUUUUAUAGACCUUACAACAUGAAAUUUUAUCAGAUGACUGAACAGAACUUUGGCUGGGACUGACUUUGUAUCAGAAAACUAGCUCAAGAACUUGAGUAGAUAAUGGAUGAUUGUUUAGGCAACAUCAAAUACUUCUUCCAUUAUUGCAUUUUGGUUUGAGGCUGUAACAGUAUACCAGAGAAUUCAUUUGAAAACUCAAUUAUAUAUAAAGAUGUGUAAUUAACUCGUCUUUAAAGAUGACCUGCUUCUGAAUUUUGAUUUGAAGAUAUUUAAAUGUUGAAAAUAUGAUCAAUCGAAGAGUAAAAUGCUCUAUAAUCUUGCCACUCUUGUGAGUGUAUCUGUACAGCUCAGAUAUCUGGAAGUAUCCUAACCACUUUCUAUUAUUGUAAUAAUUAUUUAUAUCAGAGAAAGUGGGCACAAUGUAUGGUACAGGAGCAAACGUGAACUGUUCAAGCACAAGGGGAAAAAAUAAAAUGUAUAGCACAUUUGACAUUAAACUGUUACCUGUUA